AUGGAUUACUCCAAGCUGCGGGCAACCGCCUUGACCGCUGGCGAAGACGAAGAAGCCGUCACCGUCGACACCAGAGCCUUGAUCGACAAGGUGCUGGCGAGAUACUCGGGUGAAUGGACUACCCUGCGAGAGCUCAUCCAGAACGCCGCCGAUGCCCAGGCUACAACCGUCUCGAUAACGUACGAGACUCUCCCCUCGACCACGACGCCUCUUCCUGCCACCACAGACCGAUCCGAGCUACUCAAGCACACGUUGACGCAUCAUACACUCCGUCGCCUAGUCGUGAAGAACAAUGGCCAGCCAUUUACAAAGACAGACUGGGGAAGGUUGAAGCGGAUAGCCGAGGGAAACCCCGAUGAGACCAAGAUUGGUGCCUUUGGAGUAGGAUUCUACAGUGUAUUUGCCGAUUGCGAGGAUCCAUUCGUCAGCUCUGGCAACGAAGCCAUAGCCUUUUACUGGAAAGGAAAUGCUCUUUUCACCAGGAAAUUGGUACUGCCACCGGAGCAGUGCACCCAGGAUACUGCGUUCGUACUCGACUACCGGAACACAACGACACCAGUCCCCAACUUGCUGUCAAUCAGCCAGUUCCUUGCAACGAGCUUGACAUUUGUGGCGUUGCAGAACAUCGAGUUCUGGGUUGAUGACUACAGGGUGUUGUCGCUGCAGAAGAAGACCGCUCCAAGUGUCAAUGUGCCAAUUCCGAGGGACUUGGAGACCAAGACCAGGGACGGCCUUAUGAAGCUGGCAGUGGUUGACCGCACGAGCACGCAGAUCGAUGCGUCCUUCAUGGGGGCUAUUGGCUGGAAACCUGUGGCCACAACAAAUGCGUCCAACGAGAGUUCUGGCGCCUCAGACAUUCCCACCAUCAGGAGUUUCUUUUCAAGGUUAGCUUCCUCUGCCGCGCAGGCAAACAGAAGCAAAGCCGCCAAAGAGGAAGCCGCUGUGCAGCAGGCACUCUCCGAAGAUAUCAUCGCUGAGUCGACCUCGAGCAUCUUCCUCCAGGUCACUACUGGCUCAAUACAGACCAAGGUCUCUACCUCAUUCGCUGCGGAAUUGGAGCGUGCCACGAAGAAGCCGCCACCCAAGACGACGAAGUUGGCAAUUCUGACGUCGUCUUAUGACGAGACACUCGCAUCGGAGAAUUCCUCCAGUUCAGGCCCGGCCGCUAAAGCUGCUGAUGUAUUUGCAUCGGUGCUCCCGAACAAGAAGCCUGGGGGCAGGAUCUUCAUCGGCUUUCCUACUACACAAACCACAGGAGCUGGAAUGCAUAUCUCAGCACCAUCGGUUAUCCCUACGGUAGAACGAGAGGCAAUCGACUUGAACGCCCGCUGGGUCAGGAGUUGGAAUAUCGAGAUGCUUCGCGUUGCUGGCAUCAUGACACGCCUGGCCUUUGCCAACGAGAUGUCAGAUCUAGAGCUGAAGCUUAGGAGAGUCACAGAUGCAAGGUCAAAGGGCUCUCAGCCUACAAAAGACGAGGUCGCAAAACUUAUUCCUGAAGCGCUGCACAUUCUGAGAACCUACACUUUCCAGGACUCAACUCCUAGUGCGAACGUGGGUCAGAUUAUCGAGGAGUCAUUCUGGUUCGCUUUUCAAAAGGCGUCGAUCGAGGUCUUCUCGAGUCGCGGAGUCUUGCCAUCGACCAAGGUCCGUGUUGGGUCUGAUGAGCUGGCCAAGUUCGUCAAUGGCAUUCCGGUUAUAUUGGACGAAAUGAAAGACGCAACCUUCAUGAGAAAGCUUGAAGAUUUUGGUUUGAUUCAACGGAUUAGUCCGGAUGAUAUCCGUGAGGAGUUGGAGGCAAAGGCGCUGGAUAAGGACCAGCUGGUACACUUUAUUGCCUGGGCUAGCAAGAAGGCAGCCAGUGGAGAACUGGACGCCGGCAGCCGAGCCCGUCUCUUUGACGUAACUGUUGCAACAAUUGGGGAUGGCGACUCGGGCGAGAUUAUUGCAUUGAGCUCUGUCAAGAAUUAUCUCAGCAGCAACAAAAUCCCACCAAGCCUGCCGAUACCUCCGACAACAAUUCCUUUUGCCUUUACGAACCACCUGGCCGAACCGCAGUUACAGGCACUUGGCUGGGAGCGGCUGGAGAUUGUGCCAUGGCUGCGAUUCUUGAUCGAGACCGCCUCCGGCCGCUCUGAGGACGAGAAUAUUACCAAGUCGAGUAAAUUCGCGGUCUCAGUCUUAACAGUCCUCUCCAAGAACUGGGACAAUCUGGGUCUGAGCUCAAAGAACACCGUUGUCACGUUACUUCAAGGCAUUACAGUGAUGCCGACAAAGCUGGGAAUGAAGAAACCUGCCGAGUCCUUUUUCCAAUCAGUGAAGCUGUUCGACGACCUACCCACGAUAGAAGGGUGCCAUACUCUCAAGGAGAAAUUCUUGUCCGCUUUGGGAGUUCGAAGAACACUUGACUUGGACACUAUCUUCUCGCGGCUGCUCAAUCCUUCUGGGGAGACGGCUCACAAGCCAUGGAGUCAUAUGGAGCUCAUCAAGUAUCUGGCGUCUGUAACAGAUGACAUUCCUGCAGAUGACAAGAAGAAGUUGAAGAACUCCCAAAUCUGUCCUGCAGAAGCUGGACCCCCAGGCAUGGAAUCCACACAGGGCACCAAAGAGCUGUACAAAUUGUCCGAUCUCUUCGAGCCCAAGUCGGAUCUUCGGGCUCUCGGGCUACCACUUUUGCAGUGGCCGGGACCACCAGGAAGCUUCAGGGCUAGUUCUAAGGAGGGUAGAUUUCUUUACAGCUUAGGACUACGCCCAUAUCCCGCUGUUCCGGAACUCGUGGAGAUGAUGGCCUCAACUGACCAGUCGCUGAGAGAUAAGGCAAGGAGUUACUUCAUUGCGAACCAUCAGAUCAAUGGCUACGUUGCUUUCAACAUUGCGAACACCAACAAAGCCAUUCUCCCAUUACAGGGAAACGCGAAGCAACUUGUCCCUCCCUCCGCCUGUUACACCAAUGAAUCAGCUUCUGUUCUGGGCUUCAACAUCCUUGCCAGAGACCUUCAUCAACAUGCUAUUAAGUUUGGGGUUCCUCGUGAUCCUCCGAUUGAAAAUUGUGUUUACAGGCUCACUACCACACCGCCGCAGAAUCGCGAUUCGGCAAUCACGUUUUUUGAGUACUUCGCUACCCGGAUCAGUGAUCUGGGCGAGGGCAGCCUGGCCAAGCUGAGAGGAGCUCCGAUUGUGCCUGUCAGUCGUAAAGGGCGGUCCUCUGGAGAGAAGGCCCAAUCACAAAACAUCACGCUUGUUUCUCCUCAGAGUGUCUAUCUUGGUUCAUCAACGACGUACGGAGAAAUUUUCGAUUUUGUUGACUUUGGACGCACGGCAAACGCAUUCUUGCUCAAGUGCGGAGCGAAGCUGGAACCAACUAAGCACGAAAUCGCCACUUUUGCUUGUAGCGAGCCUGUUCGUUUGUGGACUACGGUGCAGACGUCUGAGAAAUACUUAGACGUGCUGAGAUCGCUUGCGAAUGAUCUGUCAACUCUUAAGAGAGACAAGGAUCUCUACAGGAAGAUGAAGACCGAAAAGUGGCUGUUGGCCUUCAAGGAUGUCCCAUCUUCGAAGAGUAAGGGGUCAGAGGACGACGAGUAUAGUGAACCCAUGCGCCAUGCUCAGCUUGCCGCGCCCGGUGAAAUCGUCAUAUCAGACGAUUUCUACAGCUUCCGACUUUUCAAGGAACACUUGCUCUCGGCCCCUGAAGAUGACGCUCUGGAGGCCUUCUAUCUUGCCCUUGGAUCUCCAACCAUCAGUAGCUUGGUGCAGGAAGAUGCACGAGUCGGAAGGUCAAUGCCAUCCCAAGAUGGCGCUGAGUGGCUGCGGAAACAUAUUCUAGAGCGCACGAAAUUGUUCCUACACGAGUAUAGGAAUAUCCGGAGGGACGCCAUCAAGCAUGAUGCUAAAUGGUUAGACAAGAACCUCAAUGUUGAAGUUGUGCAGAGCGUGCAACUCCGACGUACUUUACGGGGUCAAGCCCAGUCGCACACAGAGAAACGGUCAGCGAUGGCUAUGAGAACUCCAACAGGUCAUAAACUGUACAUUUCUGCCGAUCAAGGCAAACCAGACAUGUAUCAAGUCGGCCAGGCAGUCUGUUCACUCAUCUUGACGCGCCACAACCAACAGUCAUAUUUCUUUUUCGAGCCGUUCCUGAAGCUCGGUCUCCUUGACCUCAGGGCCCGUGGGUACAAUGUUGACAGGAUUUUGCGUGCGAAGGCCGAGGAGGCACGGAUGGCCGAGGAGGAACGGCGUAAGGCUUUGGAAGCUGAGGAGCAAAAAAUCAAGGAGAGGGAAGCAGACUGGGCUCGGCAGAACAAAGCUGCUUCUGAAGCUGAAAGCAAGCGUCCCCGUACACCGGCAGAACCCUCGGCCAAAAUGCCUGGCUCAUUCGGCUCAGAUUCUCCUGAAGACCAGCCGACGCUCCCACCACCGCCUGCAAAUCAACAGGACAGACGCAGCAGGGGCUUCUUCUCUAAUUUCACCCGUAAAUUUGGCCUGGACAGAGACGAGACGGCGGAGGAGCAGUUGGACAAGCUGCUCACGAACCCGGAACGUGAGGUCAAGCCCGCCCCGCCCGGACCCCAGGCUCAAGGUCCUGGAGACAGCGGACGAGUCACGAAUCCAGCUGUCGUGCAGAACAAUUUGUUGCAAGCUAUCCGUUCGACGAGGCCACAUGAUUCCUCUUCGGUGUUCAAUAAACCGCAAACGCAAGAAGUUAAGGAGCAGGCGACAUACUGCGAUAGCAAGCCGGCUCAGAAUAUCGUCUUCGCAGCACAAGCUCCACGUGGCAUGAAGGUCUAUUUACACCGGGAGCUCUCGAUGGAUCAGAUGAGCUUCUUGACCACCAACAGAGAUGCGAUAUCGACCUUUGAGUCACUUCUGCGUGAAGUGGCUGACGUGUAUGGCGUCUCGCCUACAGCGAUGCAGAUCCACUUCGACGAGGAAGGCCCAUGCAUUGCAUUCAACCUGAACGGCAGCAUUUUCUGCAACCUUCGAUAUUUCAAGCAGCUACACUACGAGAAGAUGAAGGCCUCCGGCCCUGCGGGGGCGGCGACCAAGGCUGAGGCCGGGAUAUGGUGGUUCGUCGUUGUCGCGCACGAGCUGGCACACAACCUUGUAGGGCCACACGAUGCGAAUCACAGCUACUACACCGAGUCUUUCAUACAGGAGUACUUCACCAAGAUGAUGUCUCGGGCUGUGUCAUGGACCCAAGUGUCAGACCGGGGGAGUCAGCGAGAGAUCCCUGUCACGAUCAAUGGGGCUCAGGCUGAGCCGCAGGUUGCGCCGCCGCCGCCGUACAGUCAGAUGAACUAG